GUAAAAUGGCCAAGAAAUCUCUUAUCUGUUCGAUAGUCUGCGGAGUCCUAGGCGUCAUUCUUGUUGUAAUUGGCUGUGUGCUGAUUCAUGUCUUCAAGCAAAUGAUCCAUACGCAGAUAAAAGAGCAUAUACCACUGAAAAAUGGAUCUGAUACUUACGAAGACUGGGUUGUUCCCCCUGCACCAAUUUACUUCCAAGUGUGGGUGUUCAAUGUUGUCAACCCUGAUGAGAUUAUAAAAAAUGGUGCCAUACCUGUGCUGGAAGAAAGAGGACCUUACACAUACAGAGAAUAUCGAACAAAAAAGAAGAUUGAUUUCAUAGAGAAAAAUGCCACUGUAACAUACAUGGAAGACAGGGCAUAUGUGUUUGAUCGCAAUAUGUCGUGUGGUCCAGAAACAGACAGAUUUACUACUUUGAACAUUCUGCUAGUCACUGUAUUGAACAUGAUUCGCUUCGAAUAUGGCGCAGUCAAAGAGGCGUUUCAAAUCUUUCUGGAUCUGUUUCCCAAUGUUCAUAUGUUUCUGUCGCUUUCUGUACAUGAUGUACUGUGGGGUUAUGAAGAUCCCUUGAUCAAAGACCUUGAAGAUUUCAUUUUUAAUUGGACACACAAGACAAUACCUUUCGAUGACCAUGUUGGUCUCUUUUAUAAGAAAAAUGGGACAGAUGAUGGAAUAUAUAACAUUUACACAGGAUCCGAUGAUGUUGACAAGUUUGGAGUAAUUGCCACUUGGAAUUAUAACAGUUCCUUAAACUGGUGGUCAACUCCAUAUGCUAAUAUGUUAAAUGGUUCAGAUGGAACUCUGUUCCCACCCUUUGUGGAUUCAUCACGUCCUUUGUAUCUGUAUGCAUCUGAUGUUUGCAGAUCGCUGGAAAUUGUCUACAAAUAUGGCUACAAACUGAAGGAUAUUGAUCUGCUACGAUAUGUUGUCCCGCCCAGUUCGUUCCGCAAUGUAACGAGUAACCCUGACAACAUUGGCUUCUGUACGCCAUUCGCCAACCUGUCUGACACAUCUGACUGUAACCCCGGUGGUGUUCUCAAUGCAAGCGUGUGCAAACAAGAUGCCCCAUUUCUGUUUUCCUCGCCUCACUUCCUCUUUGCUGAUGACUCUGUCCUGUAUGGGGUCAAGGGAAUGCAUCCAAGUCUUGAAAAACACCAGACAUUUCUUGAUGUUGAGCCAAUGACAGGAGUUGUAAUGAAUGCUGCAAAGAAAUUACAGUUGAACUUUAAUAUACAGAAGAUUGACAAUAUCACGGAAACUCUACAAAUUAAAAAACCCAUCAUAUUUCCAAUGAUGUGGUUGAAUGAGAAUGCCAAAAUUGACGACAAAAGUGCCAACAAGUUCAAGUCUGAGGUGAUGGGGCCAAUAAAGAUCACGGAAGCUGUUCAGUACGGUCUGAUCACUCUUGGAGUGUUCAUCAUUGUGUGUGUGCUGGCCAUCGGUCUCAAACGACUGCUGUGUAAACGGUCUGACUCUCACUCGCCUCUGGAAUCUCUACAAGAAGAAAAACAACCACUACUUCAAUGAAUCCCAGUCAAGAGAUAACUUCUGAUUUUCUCAAACAGUGGUAAAAGGGUGGUCAUUUUUGGCCAAUCUAAUAGGAUGGUUAUUUUGUAUUUUACCAUCUUAAAAGAAUGGCUGUUUUCGUAUUUCCAUCCUAAAAGGAUGGCUGUUUUCGUAUUUCCAUCCUAAAAGAAAGGCUGUUUUCGUAUUUCCAUCCUAAAAGAAUGGUUAGUUUCAUUUUACCAUCCUAAAAGGAUGGUUAUUUUUAUUUGGCCAUUGUAAAAGAAUGAUUGUUUUUAUUGGAGCAAACUGGAAAAAAAAAUGUGUUGGAGGUUUCUUUUCUUUUCUUUUAACCACAACGAAAAGAAUGGUUAUUUUCUGAUUACCAGAAAAAUGGAAUGUUUGUUUUAAUUUUACCAGACUAUAUAAGUCUUAGAUUGGUUAUUUUCAAGAUGUCAGAAUAAAAGAAGAGAUUUUUGUUUUGACAAGACUUAAUGAUUUAUUUUCAUUUUACCGUAAUGUUUUAUUAAAGAUGUUUAUAUUUGCAUUUUAAAUAAUGAUAUAUAAAAGUUUUUGAAAGCAGUUUUACAGAUAAAUGUAGUAAAUUAUGCAUGUAUUGUAUUAAAUGCUUUUUAGAUAGAUAGAUAGAUAGAUAGAUAGAUAGAUAGAUAGAUAAAUAACUAGUUUAAUGUGCUCAUAUACCACUAGGAACACGCCCAUCCAGAGUCCGACCUCCGAUAAGAUCGGUGGCCUAACUCUGGAUGGGGGAAUGCUUUUUAAAAAUGUUUACUAAAUAUUUCAGUUCUUUCCCCUACUCUUUUUUGUUUUCUGCUUUCUUCAUAUUCAACACUCUGCAUUCCACUAUCAUUUCGAGAUGUUCAAUUUCUUAAUGUUGAUGUAUGUAUAAUGUAUGUGUACCUUAUGCAAUAAUUACUGUGAUUAGAAGAAACGAAAAUGUGGCCUUUAACGCCAGUGCCUGACCACUCUUCAGUCGAGAUGAUUGCUGUAGAUGAUAGGGAGACACCUUGUAAACCAAGUCUCUGAGUAGGUUUAACUGUGAUGAAGGGUAUGAUGACUGAAAUAAAGUAUACAGUUUACGGUUUGAUGUUUUAUAUACCAUGUUACGUUGUUGGUAGGGUUUUGAUCCAGUUACACUCAUCUCAGAUUAUGUGUACCAGAAAAUGAGUUAAGCAUCACCUAGGUUUGACCAUGUGACUUACAAUUUGCAAGAAAUUGUGACCAUUUCAUGAAAGGAAGGAAAUGUUUUAUUUAACGACACACUCAGCACAUUUUAUUUAUGGUUAUAUGGUUAAGGACAUAUGGUUACGGACCACACGGAUAUUGAGAGAAA